CCCUCUAUGACGGCCCAAGCUACCUUUGGGGCAAAUGUUCCUGAGAGAUUGACAGGAAUUCGGCUUCUUGCGACCAUUAGACCAAAAUAGUUAUAUACGCUUGCUGAUUUAAACUUUCAAAAUCUCGAACCUUUUCAGUUACAGUUACCAACUCAGCGAAUUCUAAACCCCAGCGAGCCAGCAAAAUCUCUCCAAACAUGAGUGCAGACCCGUUCGACGAUCUCCUGGGCCUGGAAGAUAAAUUCUACGAUGAGGGCUACCAACUUGGGACCACCGAAGGCGCCAAAGCCGGGAAAAUAGAAGGUCGCGUCUUCGGACUGGAGAAGGGAUUUGAGAAAUUCGUCGAGGCAGGAAGACUACACGGCCGCUCAGUCGUCUGGGCAGGUCGACUUCCCCAAAACGAUACACCAGACAAGCCUACAUCCGUGGCCGAAAUCCAGCAAGGAGAGCCUCAGACCGCAGCCUCGAUCGCGCAGGGUACAACAAGCCUGCCGACACUAGCAAACCCACGCCUAGAGAAGCACAUCCGAGUCCUCUACGCUUUGAGCGAGCCGGCCAGUCUUUCAACCGACAACACCGAAGACGCAGUAUCCGACUUUGACGACCGUCUCAAGCGUGCACAUGCCAAAGUGAAGAUCAUCGAGCGACUAGUUGGGGAGGACAGCUCGUUGCUAGCUAGGAUCGGGGACAACCUCGGCCAGCAAGUUGGGGGCGGGAGCGCGGCGGAUAGUAGUAUCGAGGAUGUGAAUAUACUGAAAGCUCGGCAUUGAAACUCUAUUCAGUGGUUUCAGAAUUCCGAAGAGGAUCGGGACAAACCCGGGGGAUAAAGGAAGCCCUGAGUGGUCACUGAAUGCUGGGGUGGCGGUUGACCCCACGAUGAAUCCCGAUGCGCUGAAUGUCUUCGCGCUUGUGGCUGGGAGGGUGCGCAUGGGUUUGCGGGAAGACUCGCAACGGGUCGAGGCUGGGCAGGGUUGCAAGCCGAUGAUCUGAAUGGAGGGCUGCAAAGUGUCCAGGUUGGGUGGGCAAGGCUGAAUCGUCACAUGCGAGUCAACCUACCACAUGCAGUCCGGGGUCAAGGAGGCACCAGAUAGACGAGUGCACGGCUUCGGAGAGGCUGAGGUCACGAUGAUCAAACUAGAGGCAAGACAUAUGAUGUUUAUAGUUCGUUUUAUUUUCGUCGUUAUAUAGAUAACGAACACUGUGCAGCUUCUGCUGUGGCCACAUUUUGACGACCUCCGGGACUCGCCCGUCACACAGGUCUUGGUCUUCCUAUUUCAUUACAAGUAUCCAGCCAAGUAUCAACCUGUGUUUAAACCUGUAUCAUAACCCCCUCCCGGCCUCCAGCG